AUGACAGCUGCCUCAGCCCUCUUUCUGAACAAGCCCACCAGGCCGCCUCAAAGUGUGUGCUUGUUGCCAACAGCCUUCAAGCUCGAAGAGAUUCCCUACACGCCGCCGGCCACAAAACCGACCCCAGAGCCUCGAGACAAGCACGAGGUGGCAUCAGAGGAUUGGGUGGACCCGGACACAUUUCCGGAGAAUCGCGGCGCGGAUGGGGUGAAGUCUCAUGGCCAAAAGAAGCGAUGUCAAAAGGGCAUUGACUACGCCCAGACAUGCCCAAUCGGCUGGAAGUAUGUUCCAAGCGGCCCGCAGGGGCCAGAAUGCCAAGCUCCGCCAACAUUCUACACUGAGUCGUCGUGGUGUCGGGAGCAGCUGACGCCACGCCAAGCUGUACCUGCUCGGCUGAGUGAAUGGGAAAAGAAGGAACUUUAUGACAAUUGCUGGAUGCUUUGGCCCUGCCGCGAUGUGAAACACGACUACCGCAAGCCGUGCCCACAGGGUUGGACAUGGGAGCAAGACGGAACUUGUUCCGCUCCAUAUUUCUACCGUGGCACCUGCCCCUGGAGCGUGAACCUCCUGAACUACACUCCUGGGAUGAAGGCCACCUUUGCUGCCAACUGUGGCGUCGGAUGGCCACUGGACAAGAGCUACGAGGGCCCGCAGCCAAAGCCGCUGCCAGCCAAGUACCCAUCCCACGCGCCCGGUCAAAAGCCUGCAUGGGAAUGCGUCCGCAACUUCAUGCGUCCUUGCCCUGAUGGGUUCAACUUCGACGGGGCCAUGUGCCACGAGGAUGGAAGUUACAUUGGCGCAAACAUGAAGAAUUGUGCCCACUUCGAUGCUAGACGCUGGACGAAUGAAAUGAAGGAAGCCUUCUCAGCUCAUUGCCAUGUUUGGUGGCCGUGCAAUCAGGCCUCCUCCGGCACGUCUGGACGUUCUCUGCCCAACGGGCCACUUGCAAGAGCACAGAUGCUGCUGAUGCUGCCGGCGGGACUCUGUCCAGAUCAGUCGCCUGGCUCUUCCCGGCGCAAGGCACUCCAUCAUUUUCUGUGA